AUGGGGCAAUUUAUUGACUACCUGAGGUCAUUCCCUGCCAAACAUGCGCUCCUGCUGGUCGCACACAACUGCCGCUCGUUUGACGGCCCCAUCCUUCUCCAGGAACUCCUCGCCAAGAAAAUAGGGGUAGAACCUGUGCUCCAGGGUGGCAAAAUCAUAAGCAUGAAGGUGGGCAACUGGAAAUUCAUUGAUUCCCUUAUGUUUAUGCCAAUGCCACUCAGUGCAAUGCCUAAAGCCUUUGGGUUGACAGAACUCAAAAAAGGCUACAUGCCUUUUCUGGUUAACAAGCCUGAGUUCUACAAAUACGAGGGGCCCAUGUUGGACAAGGCCUACUAUUGUGUCUCCACAAUGAAGGCGCCAGCGGCAAGGGAGUUCAAUAAAUGGCACGACGAUCAAGUUGAAAAGAAUUACGUUUUUAAUUUCAGACGUGAACUUUUCGACUAUUGCAUUUCGGACGUGACCAUACUCCGGCAGGCUUGUCAGGCGUUUAGGAAGCAGUUUCAGGAGGUGGCGGGUUUCGACCCGAUGUUUAACUGCAUGACGAUCAGCUCCGCCUGUAUGGCUGAGUUCCGCAGGAACUUCCUGAAAAAAGACACAAUUGGUAUAGUUCCAGCUGGGGGCUACCAUGGGCGUGGCAAACAAAGUCACAUGGCACUCAAAUGGUUGGACUACGAGGCCCACCGCCUAGGAAAGAAAAUUAAGACCAUUUAUACUGACCGGGAGGUGAGAGUGUCGGGAAGGCCAGUGGACGGGUACGUCGAGCUGCCUCUUCCAGCUGGAGGGGUAGAGCGGCGUAUCUAUCAGUUCCACGGGUGCUACUGGCACCAGUGUCCUGAGCACUUCCCUGCAACAGAAGAUUCAGAUGAGAACAAGUACACCAAGACUAGAGAGAUCCCAGAACUCUUCCGCAGAGAGGGGUACACUGUUAUCGAGAUGUGGGAGUGUGAGUUUCAGACUCAACUCACUUCAAACCCUGAGAUGAAGGAGUACUACAGACUCCACCCCACCACCAGGGUCCCUCCCCUCAACCUAACGGAUGGAUUGGCCGGCGGGCGCACCAGUGCUAUGCGCUUGCACCACAAGGCAGAUUGGGAAAAUGGGGAGACAAUCAGGUUCGAGGAUGUGGUCUCGGAGUACCCGAACGCGAACCUCCGCGCCGAGUACCCCGUAGGCAACCCCGAAAUCUUUGUGGAGGGGACACCCUGUAACCCCCCACCCAUAGAGCAGUGGAAUGGCAUGAUUAAGUGCACUGUGCUUCCACCACGGGACUUGUACCUCCCCGUGCUGUGGAUGAAGUGCAAUGGCAAGCUGCUCUUCCCUUUGUGCCGCACUUGUGCUGAGACGGAGAGCAGCGAAGUCUGCCGCCAUGAGCCCCAUGAGCGUGAGAUCCUGGGCACUUGGUGCGCCCCUGAGCUCCACCUCGCUCUAAAGAAAGGGUACAUGCUGCAGAGGGUACACGAAGUCCUCCAGUACCCCGGGACAAUGCAGUAUGACCCCAAGACACAGACGGAUGGAGUUCUGUCAGCGUAUGUCCGCUGCUUCAUGGCUCUCAAAAUCCAGGCAAGUGGCUGGCCUGCUGAUUGCGAGAGUCAGGAGCAAAAGGACAAGUACGUGGCUGAGUAUAACAAUUUUCCCAAUUCUUCUAUUUUGUCGAUGAGCUUCUUGAGUUACAAAUCUUUGCAGAGUUUUGUAACUUUCAGACUUUAA